AUGCGGUUUCUCAAAGUGAGCACUUCGGUUUGUCCACCGGAGGGAAUUAAGGCUGCUGACCGCAAACACAACCACGACCUCGUCGUCAUUGUGAAAUCAGCCGUCUACAACUUCGAGGACAGACAAAACUUUCGCAGAUUCUACGUCCAUCUGAGAAACGACAGCAGCGCUAAACCGGCCUAUCGCAUAGAAGUAGUGUUCGUGGUGGGCCUGCCCACAAGCAAAAGAAGCAAUUCAUUCCAACGCGAUGGUUUCAACAUCUUACUGCCCGGUCGCGCCGGCAACUCACUUGUCAACAUUGUAAACCGCCGCGCCCAGAUUCGAAGUCGCCUAGAGCAGGAGAUGCGUAAACACGAUGAUCUCAUCGUGGGCGACUUCGAGGACACCUACUACAAUCUGUCUCUGAAAAUGCAUCACACAUUCGUGUGGGCGGCCAGGUUCUGUCGCGAACGUCCCGCCUUCAUGUUCCUCGACGAUGACAUUGGUUUCAAUGGGUAA